CUUGACUUUUGACUGUCAGAGUGACACGAUAGAAGGUCAUACAAAAUGUCAGUAGCUGUCAAACGUACACCUAGCUCUAGCUCUAAGGGUGCGACGGUGGAGGAAGAAAGGACAAAGUUGUUACAACAGUAUAAAGAUGAUGAUGGACAUUUCUCUCUCGUCCGAAACUUCCGCCUAGCCGACCUCAUAACGAUAAUGAACGGAGUUUGUGGAGUUCUAUCCAUUCUCUUCUCCUGUCAUUUCCUAACUCUAUCUUCCAAUUUACCCGCACCACCAUCCCCUACAGCCCUUCGGACUCUUUACAUCGCUCUCAUACUCCCCGCUUUGGGAUUCGGCUUCGACGCAUUAGACGGUAAAGUAGCUAGGUGGAUGGGAGGUGGAUCCAUGUUAGGACAAGAAAUGGAUUCUCUUGCGGAUUUGAUAUCAUUCGGUGUCGCUCCAGCAACAUUAGCAUUCACAUUAGGUCUUCGUACUCCUCUCGAUACAUUAGCUCUACUUUUAUUCGUCUCGGCUGGUCUGGCACGUUUGGCAAGGUUCAACGCUACGGUAGCUUUGAUACCUGCUGAUAAAAGUGGUAAAAGUAAAUAUUUUGAAGGAUUACCUAUACCUAGUAGUUUAGCUUUGACUGGUAUGAUGGGAUUUUGGGUGAAUAAAGGUUGGUUUUUACAGAAUGGGGAGGAUAUACCUUGGGGUACUAUCAGUUUGUUCGGGAAAGAAGGAUGGGGAGAAAUGCAUAUUGCCGCUGGAGUGUUUGCUGCUUGGGCGGCUAUGAUGGUUAGUAAGACUUUGAGAGUUCCAAAGAUAUGACACUGAAACGAAAUCCACUCAUACACGUAGAUGCCAAUGCAUGAUCUCUUUCCU